AUGCCGCUAGGUAUAUUGCAAGACUAUAAGCUCGAAAAGGUGCCGGGGACGGCACCGCUGAGCGAGCUGGGACGCCUCGAUCUUGAGACUACGUCGGGCAUUGAUGUUUCGCUGCUCAAGCAUGAUGCGACGGGGACGGUUGUGCUUAUCCCCCAGCCCUCGGAUUCGCCCAAUGAUCCGUAUAAUUGGCCGCGAUGGCAGAAGGAGAUGUUUACGGUUGUCAUUGCGUAUGGAUGUGGGUGUGUAGGAGCUGUCGGGCCGCUCUUAACAUCUGCUUUUGUACCUCUGGCGAAGCAAUUCGACGUCCCGUUGCAACGAUUUACUCUUGGUGCAAACGGAUCCUGUAUCGUAGCCAUUGCCGGCGGCAGUCUUCUCUGCAAUACACUGGCUGUCAAGAUAGGAAAGAGGCCGAUAUAUCUCGUGACUACGCUUGGAUUGGCGGCUUCGAGUUUCUGGGUUGCGGGGUCUUCAAGCUUUGGCUCGCUCACUGCUGCGAGAGCUAUUCAAGGAUUUUGUAUGGCUCCUUUCGAAGCGCUUAUCCCGUCUUCAGUCGGCGAUAUGUGGCACGUCCACGAGCGCGGAUUCCGAAUGGCUAUUUUCAAUCUUGGAGUUUUGGGUGGAAUCAAUCUGGCUAGUCCCAUAGCUGGAUCCAUUAUCCAGUACGGUUCCUACCGUAUCGCCAUGUACGCAAUGGGCGGCGCCUUCAUCAUCAUGUUCCUCCUUGUCUUCUUCUUCAUGCCCGAAACAGCAUACCACCGCGACCACAACAUGAACAUCGAUACCAGCGUCCACACCCUCGAUAUCUCCGAGAAGCGCAAAGAGCAACCCGUCGAGCGCAUCGAAGACCACGCACGCCAGUCGUCUCCAUCGUCGGAACCCCGCGAUUCGUACAAGAAAACACUUAAGUUUUGGUCUGGCUACAAGGACGAUGUAUCCUUCUGGCGCACGCUGAUCCGCCCUUUUGUCAUGAUUGUCAGCCCCGUAGUCAUGUGGGCGACAUUGCUCUUUACAAUCUGUAUAUCCUGGCUUGUCCUCAUCUCCAUAACGCUAUCCCAGAUUUUCUCAGCGCCGCCAUAUAACUUCUCCGUCAGUGCCGUCGGCGCAACAAACAUGUCUUCAUUUGUAGCCUCGGUUUUGGCUACCCUGAUAGCGGGUCCCAUCAUCGAUGGCGUCGCGAAACUCAUGUCUAAGCACAACAAUGGUAUUUUCGAACCCGAAUUCAGACUUCCAGUCAUGACAACCUACCUCGCCUUCACGGCCGUCGGCUUCUUCGCCUGGGGCGAAGCCCUCUACAAAGAGGACCCUUGGCCCAUCCCCGUCAUCGUCUGCAUGGGCCUCAUCAAUCUCGGCGUGCAACUCGGUACCACAGCCGUAGUAACCUACGUAUCUGACUGCCACCGCGAGGAGUCCGCUGAGGCCUUCGCCAUCAUGAACUUCCUCAAGAACCUCUUCGCGUUUGGGUUGACAUUUUACGCUAAUGAUUGGAUCGCUACACAGGGUGUGAGAGAUACGUUUUAUGUGAUUGGGGGCACGACGGUUGCGGUGACGCUAUUGACGAUCCCGAUGUAUAUUUAUGGGAAGAGGGCGAGGAGUUGGGUUAAGAGGGUGGGUGUGCUGGAUAGUGUGCUUAAAGCGAGGUAG